UCCAUCGCAAACUUUCCUACACUUCUCCUUCACCCCUCACACAGUCAACAUUUCCUCUCCUCAACCAAGAAACCCCACCACUACAUACAAUCUACACAUCCUCAAGAUGACCGACACAGCCGACGCCCCCCAAACCAACAAGGCCUUCGUGCCCCUCGAAAACAACCCCGAAGUAAUGACCCACCUCGUCCGCCAACUCGGCCUCUCCCCCACCCUAGGCUUCACAGACGUCUGGUCAAUCGACAGCCCGGACCUCCUCGCCUUCAUCCCCCGCCCGUCCUACGCCCUCCUCCUCGUCUUCCCCGUCUCAGCAGCCUACGAAGCAACUCGACGUACCGAAGACGCGUCCCUCCCCGAAUACACGGGCUCCGGGGCCAACGAACCCGUAAUGUGGUUCAAGCAAACGAUCCGCAACGCGUGCGGACUUAUCGGGCUCCUGCACGCCGUAUCGAACGGCACGCCGCGGAAGCACAUCACCCCCGGCUCGGACCUAGAUAACCUGCUGAAAGAAGCGGAGGGGUUGGGGCCGAUCCAGCGCGCAGAUCUGCUGUAUGAGAGUAAGGCGUUGGAGAGUGCGCAUGCGGAUGCGGCGAAGUUGGGGGAUACGGAUGCGCCGGCGGCGGAGGACUCGGUGGAUUUGCAUUUCGUGGCGUUCGUGAAGGGGGAGGAUGGCACGCUUUGGGAGUUGGAUGGGCGGAGGAAGGGACCGUUGGUUAGGGGGGUGCUUGGGGAGGAGGAGGAUGCGUUGAGUGAGAGGGCGUUGCAGUUGGGGGUAAGGAGGUUUUUGGAGGUGGAGAAGGGGAGUGGGAGUGGGGAGGGGGAUUUGAGGUUUAGUCUUGUUAGUUUGGGGGAGGUUUUUGAUUGA